AUGAUGGACGCAAUGGUACUGCCCGCAGAGCUGGUCGAAGCCCAACUUGCCGCCAUUGAUCUGAUCGCGGCCAUGUAUCCCUCUCCGGGAGAAGUGGAGGUCUCCGAAUCCACCACCGAGUGUAUUGCCAGCCUGCGCGAGUGGUGUCUGGACCCAACCUCUGCGCCGGUAUCACUGCAGAUCCCAUCCAGCAUCUCCGUGACUGUCCGUCUCCCAAUCGCAGACGAGGGCAAGAGUAUCCAAGUGCACAUCUCCUUUCCACUCCGAUCAACGGGGGGCCAGGAAAGCGCGGACCAACUUCCGCCAAUUGGAUAUUCGUUACGGCAGCCCGAGUGGAUGUCCAAGGCGGAAGUGGCAGCCUUGUCUGCUGCGAUCCCGACAGAGGACACCUUGGAAGCAUUUGACUAUAUUCAAGCAGAGGGUGCUCGCUUUCUCGAAACUAAGCGUCGCCAAGCCAUGUCUUCCAGAGAAGGGGGGGAGACGGACGCGCAAGGACGUCGGACCGGUCCCCUAGUGCGAGUGUGGCUCUAUUUCCCAUCCCUCUCAACGCGGAAGAAGCGCGACGAUAUGGUCCAUCUGGCCCCCGGAUAUGCACUGACGGGCUUUGUACUCGCGGGAAAACCGGGAGUGCUUUGCUUAGAAGGGCAAUCGGGGGACAUUGAUGCAUACAUGAGCUUCAUCAAGACGCAUUCCUGGGGUGACAUCCCGAGUCAUCAAAAGAAAGUCAGUGAGCGAUUCCGAGAAACGGAAGAUGUCCAGCGAGUGUUCCCGGGGAUGGAGGAGAUCACAGACUCGUUGGGGGAACGCGGUGGGCAACGAGCCAACCGAGGUGAUAUGCAGGCUUUGGAGGCAUGGCUGGGGAGCAAGGGAUUACAACAUGCAUUUGAAAAGGUCAUAUUCUAG